ACGCAUGCAGGCUGGAUGUCAACAUGUACUUCAUGUGCCUUCGAUUUAAAGUAAACUCUUUAUUAACCGCCCUAGUUCCUCUUUUGUAAUAGCUGACACACAUGGAUGACUUCACACUUCCGGAGAAUGAAGGAGACCUUCAGGAUCAAAUUGAAGAGGUCGAGGCUCUGUCGUCCAUCUAUGGAGACGAGUGGUGCGUCAUCGACGAAGCCUCCAGAAUAUUCUGCAUCAAAAUAUCCGACGACUUGGAAGAGCCAAAACUGACGGCAUGUUUGCAGAUCAUUCUUCCACCUGAUUACCCGAGCGCCGCUCCGCCCAUCUACCAGAUCAAUGCGGCGUGGCUUCGAGGCCCCGAGAGGAGCUCGCUGGCGAGCGGCCUGGAAGACCUCUACGUGCAGCAUGCGGGGGAGAGCAUCCUCUACCUGUGGGUGGAGAUGGUUCGACAGUUCCUCGUGGGGAAAUCCCGGAGCUCGGAAACAGCGGACGCUUCAGAGAAGGUGAACAUGACGGCCGAAGAGGAAGAGGAGGAUGAUGAAGACACACCUGACUUCAGGACCCUCGGGCUGAACACAGAACACUCCCAUCUUCUCAUGGAUGGUGUGAACGAUGAAGAGGCUCCUCCCAUAAAACACGGGGACACCAUCACAGACCGACGCAGCACCUUCCAGCCUCACUUAGCAGCCGUGGUGACGCCCAGACAGGUGAAGCUGUUCCUGGGGAAGCUGAACGAGAACAAGAAGAUCGCCAGUGCCACUCACAAUGUCUACGCCUUCAGGAUCUACCGUGAGGACCAGAACAGUUUCCUGCAGGACUGCGAGGACGACGGAGAGACCGCCGCGGGGGGCCGGCUGCUCCACCUGCUGCAGAUUCUGGACGCCCGUAACGUGGCGGUGGUCGUGUCCCGGUGGUACGGAGGCAUUCUGUUGGGUCCGGACCGCUUCAAGCACAUCAACAACUGUGCCAGGAACAUCCUGGUGGAGGAGGGCUACGCCGCCUCGCCGGAGGACGCCAACAGACCCGGAGCCAAGGCCAAGAGGUCAAAGGGCAGGAAGGCAAAGUGAGAAGAACAAGAGGGAAGAAGAGAAAGGGGGGAUUUGUUUGCAAUUACGAAUUAAUUAAUUCGAGUUGACGGCGUAAGUGCUGCUGCUGUGUGGGUUUGUGGGGUUUUAAAGUGUUUUAAAGUGUUCCGUGACUCUGUGUGUGGGAGGAGUCAGAAACAGAGAGUGACCCGUCCUCCUGGGACCUGAGAAGCUCUGACAGCCUGAAAUAAAGCGUCCGCAGCCUUCAGCUCCUGGAGCGGCCCCUGGGCUCAGACAAGAGCCCAAAGGGCCCCUCCGCCUGCACUGCAGUGUGUAGUUCUUUAGCCUCUCUUUGUUGUUGUUGUUGUUGUGUGUCUCUUUGUAUUUGUUUUAGUGUUUUUUUACUUAUUUUUCAUCUGGCUUUGCCCUUCUUUGUCCUUUUGCAGCUCUAUGUAGUCGUUGUGUGUCUCUUUGUUGUCGCUGGUUGUCUUUUUGUGUCUUUUUGUAGUCACUUUAUGUCUCUUUGUGGUUGUUUUGAGUCUUUGUGGUUUUGUUAUCUCUUUGUGGUUGUUUUGUCUCUUUGUAGUUGUUUUGUUUCUCUUUGUAGUUUUGCAUCUCUUUGUGGUCGUUUUGUGAUCAUUUGUGUCUCUUUGUGGUUGAUUUGUGUCUCUUUGUGGUUGUUUUGUUUCUCUUUGUAGUUGUUUUGUGUCUCUUUGUAGUUGUUUUGUGUCUCUUUGUAGUUGUUUUGUUUCUCUUUGUAGUUUUGCAUCUCUUUGUGGUCGUUUUGUUACGGUCAUUUGUGUCUCUUUGUGGUCGUUUUGGAUCUGUGUUGUCAUUUUGAGUCUUUGUUGUUGUUUUACAUCUUUCUUGCCAUUUUGUGUCUCUUUAUUGUCAUGUUGUGUCUUUUGAGAUGUAUUGUGUCUCUUUGUAGUCGUUGUGUGUCUCUUUGUAGAUAUUUUGUGUCUCUUUUGUUGUUUUACUCCUUUUUCAGUCAUUGGAAAUAUCUUUGUGUGUCUUUUUAACUGCUUUGCAUGUCUUUCUCAUGUUUUCUGUGUCUCUUUGUCAUCAUUUUAAUAUCAUCUUUGGUCAUUUUUAGUCUGUUAUUUUCUGUAAUAUCCCCAAACCCCGUGGAAGCAUCCCGUUGGCUUCGUCUCAAGGGAACCGGCGUGAGACACAAAUCCCGGCAGCAUUAAAAUGUCUCGACUUGUAAUUGUUAUUUCAGGUUUGACUGAAAUGAGAUGUUGACAUCAUUAAACAGCCAAACCCAG